GGCGGGGGAACGGCGGCUUCCGCAUCGCUGGAGCCGCGGCUCCGUGCAGCCGCUGGCUAUGGCGCUGCCGCUGUCACUGCCCGAGCUCGGCGCGGUGCUGGCGGCCCUGGCCGCCCUCCUCCUGCUCCUGGUUUGUAUGAUCGCUCAUGUAACCGCAGUAAAAAUGCCAACCCUCCACCGACACGCAGAAGAAAAAUUCUUCGUUAGUGCAGAAGGCAGGAAAGAACCUGUACCGAGCAUCCACGACCCCCCUACAAAGGAACUCUCUGUUGUUGUGCCUUCAUACAAUGAGGAAGACCGGUUACCACUUAUGAUGGAUGAAGCUUUGGAUUAUCUAGAAAAAAGACAGAAACGAGACCCUUCCUUCACUUACGAAGUCAUAGUGGUUGAUGAUGGUAGUAAAGAUCAAACCACUGAGGUUGCAAUGAAGUACUGCGAGAAAUACGGAAGCGACAAAGUGCGAGUGCUUUCUUUGGUAAAAAAUCGAGGGAAAGGAGGAGCAGUCAGGAUGGGGGUUCUUAGUUCUCGGGGGAAAAAAGUUCUUAUGGCUGAUGCAGAUGGAGCUACCAAAUUUGCAGAUAUUGAAAAAGUGGAAGAAGGUCUAAAAAAUCUCCAGCCGUGGCCCAACCAGAUGGCUAUUUCCUGUGGUUCUAGAGCUCAUCUGGAAAAGGACUCAAUAGCAAAGCGCUCUUACUUUCGAACUCUUCUCAUGUACGGCUUCCAUUUCCUUGUAUGGUUUCUCUGUGUCAAAAAGAUCAGGGAUACGCAGUGUGGAUUUAAACUUCUAACCAGAGAAGCUGCUUUGCGGACAUUCUCAACCCUCCACGUAGAACGCUGGCAGUCCCUGUGCUUUCCUCCCCUUAUUUUCCUAUCUGUUGGCUGAUUUCAACCAAAUCUGACAGAACAGUAGAGGUCUCAAGAUGGAAAGCUUUGCCACUGCUGAGGAAAAUACUACAGUAUGGACUCAAAAACUUAUCAGCUUCACAGCUAACAUUCAGUAUGUGCAACUGGAAGCUAACACUUCAGUGCACAAAACAGAUUACUGAACCCUUUCCAGUUAGUAUUUGCAAGGUAUGGAAAUAAACUGGGGGACCAGGAGGAAUAAGCAUGCGGGGAAAGUGAGUAUGUUAAAUGAAUGGUAGUUCUAAGUGAAAUGUCUGUGGUGUACAGGCAGUUGGGAUAGCUGCAGUAGGAAAUGAUAUGGAGACAUCAGACACCUAUCUCAUAGAACCACCUAUUGGAUUUCUUUGUAUUUAAUAACACGGUAAUCAGAAAUAAUCCAAUAAUAAAAAUUCCUUCUUUUAAA